GUUUAUAAAUAGCGGUUGUCUAUAAUAUUCAAACCAUUCCUCAGUUUCUCUCAUAUUGAUUUCCUCUCUUCGUCUCUUCCACAUCAUUUGCUGUUAGUUUUGAUUCUUUUCCUGCAACACAGAGCUCCUCCAAACAUGGCUGCAACGUACGAGCCAAAGAACAUUCUGAUCACCGGAGCAGCAGGCUUCAUUGCAUCCCAUGUUUGCAACCGCCUCAUUCGGAACCACCCAGACUACAACAUCGUCGUCCUCGACAAGCUUGAUUACUGCUCCAACCUCAAGAACCUUCUUCCUUCUCGUUCCUCUCCCAACUUCAAGUUCAUCAAAGGAGACAUCGGCAGUGCCGACAUCGUCAACUUCAUCCUCCUCUCUGAGUCAAUCGACACCAUCAUGCACUUCGCAGCUCAGACCCAUGUCGAUAACUCCUUCGGCAACAGCUUCGAGUUCACCAAGAACAACGUCUAUGGCACUCACGUUCUUCUCGAGGCCUGCAAGAAAGCCACCCCUCAGAUCAAAAGGUUCAUCCACGUCAGCACAGAUGAGGUGUACGGCGAGACAGAUGAAAACGCAGUGGUCGGAAACCAUGAGGCUUCUCAGCUUCUUCCUACGAAUCCUUAUUCUGCAACAAAAGCUGCAGCGGAAAUGCUUGUCAUGGCAUAUGGUAGAUCCUAUGGUCUUCCUAUUAUUACCACGAGGGGGAACAACGUGUAUGGGCCUAACCAGUUUCCUGAGAAGUUGAUUCCAAAAUUCAUGCUUUUGGCCAUGAAAGGAGAGAUCCUUCCAAUUCAUGGUGAUGGAUCCAACGUUAGAAGCUAUCUCUACUGUGAAGAUGUUGCUGAGGCGUUUGAGGUUGUUCUGCACAGAGGUGAAGUAGGACACGUGUACAACAUAGGGACCAAGAAGGAGAGGAGAGUGAUUGAUGUUGCUAGAGAUAUCUGCAAGCUUUUCUCUUUGGACCCAGAAACGCACAUCAGGUUUGUCGAAAACAGGCCUUUCAAUGACCAGAGGUAUUACUUGGACGAUCAAAAGUUGAAGAGUUUGGGAUGGUUUGAACGUACAAGUUGGGAAGAAGGGCUCACAAGAACCAUGGAAUGGUACGUUAAGAACCCCAAUUGGUGGGGUGAUGUUUCUGGAGCAUUGCUUCCUCAUCCAAGAAUGCUCACCAUGCCUGGUAGUGUUGAGAGCAAGAAGUUAGAUAACAUUGCUUCAUCUUUUGUUACAGUGAAGAACAAUAAUUCGUCAUCAUCAGAGAAUAGUAAUAAUGCAGACCUGAAGUUUCUGAUAUAUGGUGGAUCUGGGUGGAUUGGUGGGCUUUUGGGGAAGAUUUGUGAGAAGGAAGGGAUAGCGUUUGAGUUUGGAAGGGGGAAUUUAGAGGAGAGAUCACAAGUUAUUAUGGAUAUUCAGAGGAUUAAGCCGACUCAUGUUUUUCAUGCUUGUGGUGUUGCUGGGGCGAUAAAUGUGAAAUGGUUUGAAGCUCAUAAACCAGAGACAACUCGCAACAAUGUUGUUGGCGUGUUAACGUUGGCAGAUGUGUGCAAAGAACAUGGCCUCUUGUUGAUCAAUUAUGUCAUUGGCAGUAACUUUGAAGACAAUACCAAUAUUCCUGAUUCUUUCUAUGCAAAAACCGAAUCCAUGGUUGAAGAGCUAUUGAAGGACUAUGAGAAUGUGUGCACUCUGAAACUGAGAUUACCAGUAUCAUCAGAUCUAGAGAACCCACACAACUUCAUCACCAAGAUUGCGAGAUCAGCGAAAGUUGCAAACAUUGCAAACAACAUCACAGUGUUGGACGAGCUUCUUCCAAUCUCCAUUGAAAUGGCCAAGAGAAACUGUAAGGGUUUGUGGAACUUGUCGAAUCCUGGCAUGGUGACACUGAAUGAGAUUCUGGAGAUGUACAAGGAGCAUGUUGAUCCUCACUUCAAGUGGCUUAAUUUCACACCACAAGAACAAGCCAAGGCUCAUUUUCCUUCAUCUCAAAGCACCACAGAGAUCGAUGUUUCUAAGUUGACAAUGGAGUUUCCUCAAGUUUUGCCUAUCAAAGAAUCAUUGGUUAAGUAUGUUUUUCAACCCAAAGGAUCAAAACCUGCUCACUGAUGAUGAGUAUUUUGCAGAUCAUAUAAAUAUAUAUGCUCUCUAUGGAUUGAUCAAUCACAUUUAUAUAUGCUUUUUAAUUGUUCUGGCUUUUAAUUUGUUUUGAAUUCCUUUUUUCCAGAAUUUCAUUGUAAGUAUUGUAAUGUCUUGUGUGGUUUUAUCAACAUAAUACAAAAUGGCAGAUCUGAAUAA